AUGCGGCGUCGCUUUCUCGGUGAAUCCUUCUUGGCGCCUGCUUUCCUCUUCUCCCAAGCGACUCCUUUGCCGAAAAGCAUGCUCAAGGCCAUUUGUUCGGGCGUGCGCGGCGCGCAUGGCGCGCAUGGUGUCGACGACCACCUCACAGGAGGGCAUCGAGGUGCGGCGUGCGAGAGCUGCGGAUGUGCGAGACGUGGCGCGGGUGGUGGUGCGUGCCUUCUGCGAGGACGACGCUGUUGUACGAAAGUUGCGUGA